CAUUCAUAAUUCUCUAUGUUAAUUAGGAUACACAAGAAUUUGUUGGGAAAUGGCAAUACACUUGACAUUGCGAAGAGACAACGUAAAGAGUUUCCUCAGUGGUUCAAACGGCAUGUGAAUGAAUUGCGGAAUCAAGGGUCUCCAGAAGCAACUAAUGAGUUAUGGUCAUUGGCCAACGGACCCGGGCCAAUAAUAAACACAUAUUCAGGGUGCAUUUCUAAUGGCGUCCGUUUCCUUACUAUUGAACGGGACAACCGUCAUACAACUCAGAAUAGUGGGGUGGUAGUGGAAGGGGAGCAUGAAGGCCAAACAAUAAACUUUUACGGUUUCUUAACCAAAGUAUGGGAAAUGGCCUAUUUAUUCGGUCAUCGAGUUGUUUUGUUCCAGUGUGAAUGGUACAAUUCUGGUUGUAGUAGAUUUUUUCGGGUUGAUGCACAUUGCUCAAGUAUUGAUGUAAGAAGUCGAUGGUAUAAGGAUGACCCAUUCGUUUUUCCAAGUCAAGUCCAACAAGUUUUCUACAUUGCAGAUACCAAGUUGGGUGAGCAUUGGAAAGUAGUAGAACGAAUUCACCGUCGAGGAAUCUGGAAUGUCCCAGAGACGGAAAGUUUUGAAACCAGCGGGUCUCCCAAUGAAGUUUUCCAGCAGGAAAUAACUACUGAGGUUCCAACAAUUGUCGUUGAAGAUCCUCCCAUCGUAUCCUCUUUGCGGAGAAAUGAUAUUGAACCUGCAAUUACUAGUGAGGAAGAAGAUCAUAGCGAUGAGUAUGAAGAAAACUUAAUGGCUGAUCUAGACGAUGAAGAAGAGGAAGAAAAUCAUAGUGAUUCUGAUGAUGAUUUUGACAUAGAAGCUUAAUGUACCAAGAAAUUUGGUGGUCCCUACUUGUACCUAAGAUUAACUGCUGAAAUUAGUUUUAGCUACUUUGCUGUUGUAUGUGGCCCAUUGAUUUGUCCACUUCAAUUGAUUUUGUUCAUUUCCUAGCCUUGGGGGAUGUCCCUUGGAAGAUCAGAUGUAGGUUUGUGUUGGUGGCUACUAUCUUUUGUGGUUAGCUAGUCACGCUGUGUUCAAGUAGAGAAUUCUAGUGCUGAAUUCAAGUAGUGUUUGCUUCUAAAUCUGUUUCUGUUGGUGGUGGCCAGUUGUGAUUCUAUGCUAACAGGUU